AUGAGUGCCUUUGAAGAGUUGGGAAUUUGCCCCGAAAUUAUCCAAGCAGUCGAGGAGGACGAUUGGUUGCUUCCCACUCCUGUGCAGCAGGAGGCCAUUCCUCUUAUUCUUGGUGGAGGUGAUGUAUUGGUUGCGGCUGAAACUGGAAGCGGAAAGACCGGUGCUUUCGGUUUGCCUUGCCUCCAGAUCGUCCACGAGACGCUGCGCGGGAAAUGCAGCACCAGGAAGGCGGCGGCAUCGAAUCUGAAGUGCGAGCUGAACUUGAACGACAAGGACAUGUUCGUGCUCGUGACAGAAGAUGGACUAGAGUGUAAAAGCGAAGAUGACAAGCGAUGGAACGGGAUUCGUGCGACCAUCGAGGUGAUGCAGGGCUGCUACAUGUUCGAGGUGGAGGUCGUGGAAGGCUUGGUGAGAAUAGGUUGGAGUGCCGGAUUUGCCAAGUUGGAAAUUGGAAUCGAUGACAAAAGUUUCGGCUUCGGCUCCACCGGCAAGAAGAGCUGGAAUCGCAAGUUUGAGGACUAUGGCGAAGCGUUCGAGGAAGGCGACAUCAUCGGCUGCUUGCUUGAUCGCGAGAAGCAGACGAUCUCCUUCUGCAAGAACGGGAGAGACCUCGGAGUGGCGUACAAGCUACCCCCUGACAUGCAGCGGAUAGGCCUCAAGCCCCACAUCUGUGGAAAGGGCUUCAUGGCUGCAGCGAGAUUUGAUGGCCCGAUGGAGUACCCAGUCGAGGGCUACACUCCUGUAGGUGAAAUCGAUCCCACACAUACUCCACAGGGAACGUCGCAGGCCAAAGGCAAGCGACCGCCCCUCUGUAUGAUCCUGGAGCCCACAAGGGACCUGGCUGAGCAGACUUACAAAUGCAUGACCACAUUCAACAAAUAUCUGGACAACCCUACGGUCCGAAUCACGCUGUUUGUCGGCGGCAUCGACGAGAAGGAGCAGUUUCGAGCAUUGGAAGAAGGCGUAGACAUCGUCGUUGGAACCUUACAGAAGCUGAUGGACUACGUCCGCCGGGGCAAGCUG